AUGUAUCGUGUUCUUCACCAACAUCCUCCCUCUUCGUCGACCGCCUCCCUCCUCCCUCCAACAACCACCCUACCUCUGUCAACAACCACCACCUUCAUUGAAGAUCCCCCGAUGAUUGAUAGAUUAAACAACGUGGUGGUUGCAUCAUUCGUCCCACUCGAAGUUCCGUGCCCUAAUAAAUCAGCCAGAGGUCUGAUCGCUCCGGUCUCUGAGCCAGAGGACGACUCGAUGUUCGGAAGCAGCAGCACCAUCCGUUCAAUCCAGAGUCUGUCCGACCUCGAUGAUGAGCGGCUUUAUCUCAUUGAUCAAAGGUAUAUGUGGAUUGGUUUGAGCUUCAGUGAUCGACCACCGACGGAGAUGGCGCCGCUGUUCCCCGGAUGUGAUUACGAGCAUAUAAUCGUGAUGGAUAAGCCCGACAGUGAAGGCACCACUAAUCAGCAGAUGAUCGACUGUUAUGUUGAAACUGAAUCUAAAUUUCUAGGAAGAGUACAUAUGGCUUUCUUCAACAAAGCUAGUGGUAUACUAAGGCAAGUGGCUGCAAGUAAACACAUCAAUCAUCAAAUAUCGAUCUCAGAGGGAAAAACAAUUCAAAAAAUUGUCCCAUCUUCAUAUAACAAUGAAUCAAAUGAGACUUUGAAAUCAGAUUGUUCUGAGCUUGAGGUUGUUCAUGUUGUGGGCACAUCUAUGGGCCUUCUGUAUUGUAGAUUGGUGCCACUUGUUCUUCUUCUUGUUGAUGGCAAUAUUUUUACCAGUAACCAAUAA